AGGGCUCAGAUCUCACAAGAGCGGUGAAUGCUAGGCCCCAGAGCAGACACUUGUGUGGUGCUCGAACCUUUUUGUCCAUCCCUCUCGUGUUCGCUGCCAUUGGAGCUGGGCAGCAUUCUGGGAGGCGACUGGCCUAAGGAGAGAUUCCUCUCUCACCGACGUGGCAUCGUCGGGCAAGGUUUCAGAGAGCUGCAGCUCGCAGAGAACUGUCUUUUACCAGAUGACACACAGCGAUCGAGUGCGGAAGCUGGAAAAGAACAGCGAGAAGGCAACGCAGGCGCGGACUCCGCGGAGACGAGUCGGAGAGAGCCGCGGGCGCGCUUCAGCUACGAUUUUUCGCCAAUGAGCGUGGUGGUGAAGGAAAAGUCCAAGCGAUGGUACGAAUUCCUCACCUCCCUCAUGGCCAUCUUGGGCGGGACCGUCUCGACCUUCACCAUCGUGGAGCUCACCAGUGGAGCAGUCGAGACGGUGCCGUUGACAACCCGGUUCUGCGACAUUCCCAAGGAUUCUGAUGAGCCAUGGAUCCAAAUCCAAAAAUGGGAUCAGAAAGUCAUAUUCAAGUUGGAUACGCCAAGCUAUAGUUGCUUAGAUGUGCAGGUGCUUUUGGGGGAUUCUGACUUCAAAGGGUGUUCAGAUGUCAGCUAUGCAAGGUCCAUUUGGGGGACCCAGCGGUGGACCGCAUUCUGGAAGCCUGAAAACGACGAGGUGAUCAGGUCCAGGACCGAUGACUGGAAGGACAACAAUGGUGGCUCUUGGGGUCAGGGUGGCCGGCGGCGAGACCGUGAGCCCUACAAGACCAAGGAGGACCUCGACGCCGAUCUGGAGAAGUACUUCGGACGCUCGACCGAGGGCGACGGGGGAACCAAGGCCUUUGAAAGCACGGAAGAUAUUGAAGCAAAGUGGAACACUGCCAAAGCCUUGCGCAUAGAGUUCCUGCUUUGCGGGGUGGGCUUCUUUGGUGGGGGACUCCAGGGUUUUCGUGGAAAAAACAUCGAUCCGUGA